AAGUGGUACACAUUUCAAUUUUAUUCAUCCAAAAUCAUUACAAACGUUUCUUAUACAAAAGCUAGCGCAAAUUGUGUGUUAAUUCAAGACAAAAUUUAACAAUAAAAUAUUCGGUUCUCUAUUUUCAUUUUAAAAAAUCCUUUUUUUCGGCUCAAACAAAUGUGAUUCAAAAAAAAAAAAAAAACUUUUUUUGCUCAUCGCGAACUUUUGAAACUGGUUUUGUUUCCACCAGAGUUAAAUUAUAAAGGCGUUGACGCGCACUCACUUUAUAAAUUCAACCGCGAUCGUAAAAGACUUUUUAGUAAAUAAUGUACAAGGGAAAUCUAAAAAUACAAACGAUUGGAUUUUUUAUUGAACAUAAGAUCACCUCCAUAUCCUGUACAUAGUGUUUUAUUUAAUGAUAAAAGAAAACAAAAAGAAAUGUGGACAGAAUUUUCUGAAACAUGCAUCCGACGAUUACUCAUUUUUUUUGGCCAUGAACAAAAUAUUUAGGCAGCAGUGUUCAAAAUGGAAGGAGUGUGUAGUAACAAAAGCAAUAAAAUGGGGUCUGGCGGGAGGAUGGAUAGUUGUGGACAGUGCAUGAAAUAUAGCAUGUUCGGUGUCAAUUUUCUCAUAUUUUUGGGAGGUGCCAUAGUUUUCGGUUUGGGACUCUGGACAUUGAUUGACCAAAAUUUUGCCAGUGAACUUUUUGGCACAAAUUUAUUUACCGGCGCUGUAUGGGUUCUUGUUAUAACAGCUGGAAUCACCUGCAUUCUUUCGUUCUUUGGCUGCAUGGGUGCCGCCAAGGAAGUCAAGUGUAUGCUACUCACAUACUUCAUUAUACUCUUCCUCAUCUUUGUGACAAUGCUCAUUGGUGGCAUUUUGGGAUACGUCUUCCGCGAAAAGGUAGUGCAAACAAUGCGGCAGGAAAUGCACUCUUCACUCCGGCUUUACGGCAACCGGAAAACUGUAACAGAUGCAUGGGACCACACUCAACGUCGUCUUCGUUGUUGCGGCGUAGAAUUCUAUCGCGACUGGACACUUCACGGUCGCAUUCCUGAAUCUUGCUGCCAAGAGACAUUCGGGGGGCAGAGAAAACCAUGUGUUGAGUCACCAACACCGGCUAAUAUCUAUAACAAGGGUUGCUACAAUGUCACAGCAACAUUCAUUCAAGAUCACGCAGCGAUUGUUGGUGGAGCUGGAAUUGGUGUAGCAAUUCUCAUGAUAUUUGGUAUGAUAUUUUCGUGUGCCCUAUUUAAAAUGAUAGAGUGACACGAAAAUGGACUCCACCAUUUGUUCAUCUUCAAAAUUCGGAUAUAAUUCGAUGCGGAAAAUUCAUCAAAAUUUUAUCUUUUUUGAUUAUUCUCACUUAAUUAAUCCCUCCAAUUUAGCAAAAAAAAUGAAAAUAUAUAAAUUUCGAAUCUUAUACACACUUUAAUUUUAAAAAAAGCAUAUUCUCUUUGAUAUCAAAACCGUCGUAUUAAGAUAUUUUUUAAGAAUAACAAAAUGUGAAUAAAUGUAAUCUCAUUUUGUAAGUGAACCUCCUGAAAAAGAGAAAUAAAAAUUCUAUGAUAUAAUAAAA